AUGGCCGGUAAGGGUGAUCUCUGGACUGAGCUGGAGAAAAGGUACUGCCCCCCGCUCGAUCCAGCUCUCUUCGCCGCCAUCUUCUCCGAUUACGAUAUUGAGUCUCCUGAUCAGGUCAAGGAGCUCCGACAAAAUUUAGACACUCUGCAAGAGCUUGCCGUUCAACAAGAGUUCCUCCCAUUCGAUCCUUCCGGUACUGCCAACGAUACAGAGCAUGAUGUCGUCGAUCUCGGAGGGGCUUUUUCAGAGCCUGCGAUGACUGCUCAGACGGACCAGACCAGCAUGGUGUCAAGCUUGUUAUCGGAUGACAGCAUUUACAAGGGCAAAAGAAGCGUGAGAUACACGCUCGCUGCGGACGGAUCUCGAGAGCUUACGGGCGCAACGCCUCAUAAGAGUGUUAACAACCUCCUUGAGAUGUUCCCCAGCUUGUCGCGCAUUGAUAUCGAGCUUGAGCUGAAGAAGAACAAUGGCGAUGUCACGAAAUCAAUGGAUGUCCUUUUGAACCAGGCUUUCUUUGAUGAGACGAAGGACGCUCCCGAGGACAUUCGAAUCAAUGUCCCAAAAGGAAUCGACGGAUUUGUCACGGAAGAUAACGUCGCAUCACGCCAGUCCGAGAGAAAGAAAAAGAACAAGAAGUACCAAAAGCUGGAUAUCAAACGAGGUAGAAGCUCCGACUGUGCUCCUGUUAACAAGUGGGAGACUGGCCAAGCGGACAUUGAUUUCAUCUGUUCCCGCGCGCUGAAUGCUUCCAAGACACAUGUGACAUCAUUGUACUAUGCGCAUUCUGCAUCUCUCUCAUCCACAAUUCGCGCCAUAGCAUUGACCAAAGCGCCGAAGACAAUGGCGGAGGUCGAUGGUGAAUCCAUCAUAAUGACCCAAAUCCCAGAGCUUCGAGCACAAUUUCCCUCAGUCGAGCCUACCACGCUGGUCGGGUUGCUUCGGCUCACACGGCACAUGAUGUCUGCGACGCAGGAGCUUGCUGAAGCUAUGGUCAAAGCUACUGAGGUCUCCGCUGAGGACUUCGUCAAACUCUCUAUGGCUCCAUUGAGUCUGGAAAACCCGGAGGACGUGACUGACGCCAAGGGCCACCGACGCGGAGCGCCAUCUAUCUCGUAUGGGUUCGAAGAGGCAAAGUCGCGCGCCGAGAGCAAGUUUUCUGCUGGCAGAGCCGCACGAGAGCAGGCCUCUCAAGCAGCUCGACGUGCGCGGUCAAACCCCCUGUACGGCGGCGCCGCGGCAGUUUACCACGAAAGGUCACGCGAGAUGCGUGAGAUGGCUUUUCAAGAACUCGCAGUGGCAUCUGACUGGCUGGUGGACCAGCAGUCCUCGUCGGGUGACCUGGAUCUCCACGGCGUCACCGUGGCCAAUGGAGUCCGCAUCGCCCGCGAGCGAGUGGAGGCAUGGUGGAAGGGACUGGGGGACGCGAAGCACAUCCGUGGCAGGGCCCAUGGAGGCUACAAGAUUAUCACAGGCGUUGGAAUCCACAGCCCCGAUGGCACCUCCCGUUUGGGUCCUGCUGUGAGUCGGAUGCUCGUGGAGGAGGGGUGGAAGGUGGAGAUCAACCGAGGAUAUCUCAUUGUCACAGGCGCCUCCAUGCAGACAUCAAUCUUACGGACCGCAAGAUCAUUUCAUCGAUUCCGCUUGUUGAAUCACUUUGGUCAACUUGCACGAUUCCACUCAACUUCGACUCGCAAGGCCCCUCGUCUCACUCCAGGCGGCAAGACAUUUCGCGCAGCCCCAACAAUUCCAUUUCUCGGUGCCUUCUUCAGCUCCAAAGAGCCCAAAGAAAGCAUGUCUUAUCCGGGUCAAAGAAGCGAGGAUGAGUGGAGAGCGGUCCUCAGCCCAGAACAAUUUCGAAUCCUGAGAGAGAAAGGCACCGAGCGACCUGGCUCGGGCGAAUACGACGCUCACUAUCCAUCGGAGGGGGUCUAUACCUGCGCCGGGUGUGCAGCUCCUCUAUAUAAGGCCAGCCACAAAUUCAAAUCGGGGUGCGGGUGGCCCGCGUAUUUUGAUUCCAUCCCUGGCGCAGUGACCAGACACGUUGAUAACACAUUCGGAAUGGAGCGGACCGAGAUCGUUUGCACCAACUGUGGUGGUCAUCUGGGCCAUGUCUUUGCGGGUGAAGGGUACCCCACGCCGACGGAUGAGCGGCACUGUGUGAAUAGCAUCAGCUUGCGCUUCACCGAGGAUACCAAAGGCCCGAAUGACAAGGCCAAGGCGUAA